AUGGUUUUUGGUGUUGAUGCUAGGGCUAAUAAUUUUUUGUGGACUAAAUUUUGGAAAGCUUGGUUACCCUCUAAGAUUCUGCACUUCCUAUGGAAAUGUGUGUAUGAUUGUGUACCGGUUAAAGGAAGAUUAUCUAGAUACAUUGUUGAUAUUAAUCAUAAUUGUCCUUUUUGCAAUAAAGAAACUGAAGAUGUGGAACAUCUACUGACUGAUUUUGACAUUUCUAAAGCUAUUUCGCAAGCUAUGGACAUUAAUAGUGCAUGUUUGUGCUCAGGUAUGAGACUUAGUGACUGGAUUGCAAGUUGGUUUGCAGCUAAUGGUAACUCUGCAGAAGCUAACAGAACUAUGGUGGAGAUGGCAGCUUUUACAUUAUGGAAAAUCUGGAAAUUAUGUUGUGUUGUUGUGUUUGAUAAUGCUCAGGUGAAUAUGUUGAUUGUAGUUAGUCUGUCAAAGCAAUAUAGACAGUAUUGGGUCACUAACAAUAAUAAUCAAUUUAUUAGAGAUCAUCAUAGAACGAGAGUUAGGGUGCAUGUCCCUUGGAAAAGGCCUCCUGAAUCUUUUACAAAAGUUAUCUUUGAUGCAUCUUUUUCUAAAUAUAUUAAGCUUAUGGGUACGGGUCUAAUUGUGGUUGAUGAUGCAGGAGAGUGGAGAGCAGCAGGCUGCACACCGGCAGUAGCUCAAGAUGCUGAAAAAGCUGAGGCACGGGCUGCAUUGGAUGGAAUCAAAUGGGCAGUUGCAAAUCAGGUUGUGAACCUUCAGAUUUAA